AUGUCCCGGUUUUCCCGGUCAAGGAGCAGCUCCAGAUCUCCCAACAGGAAAGACUCCGAGCGUGCGUCUCCCAUCCUGUCCGUCUCUGAGCUGGAGAGGCUGCUGUGCACGGGCAAAACAGCGUGUAACCAUGCGGACGAAGUGUGGCCGCGUCUCUUCAUCGGAGACCAGAAUAUCGCGUCAGACCGAAGAGAGCUGGUCAAACUUGGCAUUACGCACAUCCUCAAUUGCGCUCAGAGCAAAUGGCGCGGAGGAGCAGAGUAUUAUGCCGGGAUGAAUAUCACGUACCAUGGGAUUGAGGCUCAUGACUCGCCCACGUUUGAUAUGAGCGUCAACUUCUAUCCAGCUGCAGAAUUUAUUCACAAAGCCCUCAUAAGUGGAGGAAAGGUGCUCGUUCACUGCACGGUGGGAGUCAGCCGCUCUGCCACACUAGUGUUGGCUUAUCUAAUGAUCCGACAGAACCUGACUCUGGUGGAGGCCAUUAAAACUGUAAAGGACCACCGCGGCGUCAUCCCAAACAGAGGCUUCCUCCGUCAGCUCAAUGGACUGGACAGCAUCCUGAGAGAGAGCAGGAAGUCAUCGCCACAGAGCUGA